AGAUCUUUUUGGCGGACAACGAUUAAUGGAAAGGUUUUUCUGCUCGUAGGAGAAGGAAGUCAGAAUAGAGGUAUUGUGGAGAACGUUUGUUUAGAGAAGAAAUCAAAGACCAGCUUUUCUGAGAGAAAGAAAACAUCAGCAAAUGAAAUGCUGUUCCUGCAACUUGCAUUGCUAGUGGUUCUCCUCCCAGAUGGUGACAGUAAAGAUGACUUCCAGGAGCCAACCUCCUUCCGAGUUAUCUACAGCUCAUCCUUUUACAACCCUUCCCGGGUGCAAGCUCUGGGCUCAGCUUGGUUGGGUGAGUUGCAGACUCAUGGGUGGGAGAACCACACUGGCAGUUUUAUUUUCCUGAGGCCCUGGUCCAAGGGCAACUUCAGCAGUGAGGAGAUGACUGAAAUCGAAAAGUUAUUCCAUAUGUUCGCCAUUGAAUUUAAUCAGGCAUUUCACAACCAUGCCAGUCAAUGGCAGCUUGAAUAUCCCUUUCAGGUACAGCUAGCAAUGGGCUGUGAGCUUCACAUUGGUGAAGCCUCAGUAGGGUUCGCACGGAUUGCUUAUCAAGGAUCAGAUUUAAUAAGCAUCCAGAAUAAUUCAUGGUUACCAUCUCCAAAGGGUGGAAGUAGGGCUCAGCAAGUCUCCAGACGAUUCAAUUUGAAUAAAGUCUCGCUGGAAACAUGGCACAGGCUCCUCACUGACACCUGCCCACGUUUCCUCUUGGGUCUUCUUGACGCAGGGAAAGCAGAUCUCCAGCGACAAGCAAGGCCAGAAGCCUGGCUGUCCACUGGCCCUAGUCCUGCUCCAGGCCAUCUGAUGCUGGUUUGUCAUGUCUCUAGCUUCUACCCAAAGCCUAUUUGGGUGAUGUGGAUGCGGGGUAAGAAAGAGCAACAGGGCACUCAGCAAAGUGACAUCUUGCCCAAUGCUGAUGGGACAUGGUAUCUUAGGAAGUCCUUGGAUGUGGAAGCCAUUGAGGCAGAUGGCCUCUCUUGCCGGGUGAGACACAGCAGUCUAGAAGACCAGGACAUCAUCCUUUAUUGGGAACAUCGCAGCUCCACGGGCUGGAUCUUCUUGGCAGUGAUAGUGCCCCUGGUGCUUCUGACAGUGCUUGCGUUUUGGCUUAGGAAGCGCUGGACACGUUGUGAACCUCCAAGCAAUCUUAUCUCUUUGGAAUGAGAUGCCAGAAGCCCAGGAUGUAUCUAGACCCAAUACCAUGAUGCUGUUCCUUCAACUCUUCUUAUAUGACCUUUUUCGUUGUUGUUUAUUUCUGCUUAAUAGUCAGUUGUUAAUAUAAGCUAAAUGUAGUUUUGUAAGAUUUUUUUGUUCUGACUCUGGUUCUGUGAAUUUAAAACUCCAAUUAUAACUCUAACUGGAUGAUGUCUUAGCAAACUCCACAUAUUUAAAUAUUAGUGGGUCAUUGGGCCCAUUUCAGUUGUCACCGUUUCUAAAUGGCCUUCCCUGAUUCACACGUUGAAGCUGUCUUUGCCUUGUCUGAACUCCCAGUGCACUUGAACUGUACUUUGCCAAAUCUAUCCCUCACCUCCUGCCCUUUGAUGCAGCUAUUUAGAUCCCUUUUCCCCUUAUAAUUUUUAAGCUUCUCAAUAGCAAAGUCCUCAUCUUUUGAAUAUUUGUAUCCUUGGCAAAGUGUCUUUGCAUGUAAUAUGUUCUUAAUAAAAACUUGUGUUGAAUUUA